UCCUCACUCCAUCUUUACCUCCCGUAGCUUUUCCUGCCUAUAAGAACUAGUAGCUAUGGCUCAAAAGCGCCCCAAAACAGAAGAGAAACCUCCAGCGAAACGACUGAAAACCACCGCCACAAAUGUUGAUCCGCGCGACAACCCCUACCUUGCCCAUAUGUUCGAAGACUCGGCGAACGGCAACGGCAGAGCUAAUGGAGCUUCAACGGACUCUCCUUUAGCCGAAUUCAAGAGGCACAAGACGAACUCUGCGAUGGCAAGGGCGGUGGAAAACUCCAAAGUUAAUCCUUUCACCGGCAAGCCUGCAAGCGAGAGAUACUUUUCCAUCUUGAAAACGCGUAGAGACCUGCCUGUCCAUGCGCAAAGAGAUGAAUUCUUGCAGCUCUACCAAAAAUCGCAGAUCCUGGUUUUCGUUGGUGAAACCGGUUCUGGUAAAACGACGCAAAUUCCUCAGUUUGUACUUUACGACGACCUUCCUCAACUCCGAAACAAAAUAGUGGCAUGUACCCAGCCUCGUCGAGUAGCAGCAAUGUCAGUCGCUGAGCGCGUCGCCAACGAGAUGGACGUCAAGCUUGGAGAUGAGGUCGGUUACAGUAUUCGAUUCGAAGACAUGACCAGCCCUAAAACUAUCUUGAAAUAUAUGACCGACGGCAUGUUGCUAAGAGAAGCUAUGCACGACCCUGAUCUUACUCGCUAUAGCACAAUUAUCCUCGACGAAGCCCACGAGCGCACAAUGGCGACAGAUGUCCUGAUGGGGCUGCUCAAGGAUGUUGUAAAGCGCAGAGCCGAUUUAAAACUGAUUGUUAUGUCUGCGACGCUGGAUGCGCAAAAGUUCCAACGUUACUUCAACGACGCUCCUCUCUUAGCUGUUCCUGGCCGUACUCAUCCAGUCGAAAUCUUCUAUACACCAGAACCAGAGCAAGAUUACGUGGAAGCUGCGAUUAGAACCGUCCUGCAGAUUCAUGCCACCGAGCCGGAAGGCGAUAUCCUCUUGUUUUUGACCGGCGAAGAAGAAAUUGAAGACGCCGUUCGCAAGAUCUCCCUGGAGGUAGAUGAAAUGAUCCGAGAGGCGGAUGCUGGCCCGAUGAAAGUCUAUCCCCUGUAUGGCACGCUUCCACCUGCUAUGCAACAACGCAUUUUUGAUCCAGCCCCUCCGCCUCGUAAGCCGAACGGACGUCCUGGAAGAAAAUGCAUCGUCUCCACUAAUAUCGCCGAAACGUCCCUUACCAUCGACGGUAUAGUUUAUGUGGUCGAUCCUGGGUUUUCCAAGCAGAAAAUUUACAAUCCCCGCAUCCGUGUGGAAUCACUUUUAGUCUCGCCUAUAUCCAAGGCAUCGGCACAACAGCGUGCAGGUCGUGCAGGUCGAACACGGCCCGGAAAGUGCUUCCGCUUAUACACUGAAGGUGCAUUCAAGAAGGAACUCAUUGACCAAACAUAUCCGGAAAUUCUCCGUUCCAACUUGUCCGCAACGGUACUAGAGUUGAAGAAACUCGGAAUAGAGGACCUUGUUCAUUUCGAUCUCAUGGACCCUCCUGCCCCCGAGACGCUCAUGCGCGCUUUGGAAGAGCUGAAUUAUCUCGCUUGUUUGGACGACGAGGGAGAACUCACGGAUCUGGGCCGUCUAGCCUCGGAAUUCCCCUUGGACCCUGCGCUAGCCGUGAUGCUAAUAUCUUCUGCUGAGUAUUAUUGCUCCAAUGAGAUCCUCUCGAUCACGUCGCUUCUUUCUGUCCCGCAAGUCUUUGUACGCCCUGCCUCUCAACGAAAACGCGCGGACGACAUGAAGGCAUUGUUUGCGCACCCCGAUGGCGAUCAUUUAACUCUCCUUAACGUAUACCACGCAUUCAAAAGCCCAGAGGCACAGGCAAACCCUCGACAGUGGUGUCAUGAUCAUUUCCUCUCGUUUCGCGCUCUGCAGUCUGCAGACAACGUACGCCAGCAACUACAACGCAUAAUGGAGCGAAAUGAACUCGAGCUUGUGUCUACGCCAUUUGAGGACAAAAAAUACUAUGAAAACAUUCGUCGAGCUCUAGUCACUGGAUUUUUCAUGCAAGUUGCCAAGAAAGAAAGUCAAGGCAAGAGCUUGUAUAGAACCGUGAAGGAUAAUAACGACUCUGUACUGUUGCAUCCAAGUACAGUGCUUGGCCACGAAGCGGAGUGGGUUUUGUAUAACGAAUUCGUUUUGACCUCGAAGAACUUCAUCCGAACGGUGACCGCUAUCAAGGGUGAAUGGCUACUCGACAUGGCGCCAUCAUAUUAUGAUAUUUCGACUUUCCCCAAAGGCGAAAUUAGGUCUGCCCUACUUCGUGCUGCAGAGCGGCUCUCACGAAAGGAGAGAAUGCGUUCAGAAUCGAGGAAGCAACGAUAAACUGUGUUUUUUUUUUCUUUCUUUUCUUUUUCUUUCUUUUCUUUUUCUUUUCUUUUCUUUU